AUGUUUCAUAGUAGUCCAACCAGUUGUAAGGAAAAUAGUCUUUGCACGGCAAAGGUACUCAGUAACGCCAUACUGACCACGUCCCGGAGCCAACGACACGAGCCCCGGCGUGGUGGGGGUGUGGUGAUUUUCCCACCCUCUGCCCAUCUUUCGUUCUCUCCUCCCCCUCAACCACACCUGGGUCACUCCUCUUCCCCCUCACUUUCUCUGUCACCUUCUCAUUCGCCUCCUCUUUCUAAUUGCUACUCGCAUGCGUAUUACUCCGCUUCGCGCCUGACCCACUCCUCUUCUCCGCCAUCUCCCCUUUCUUCACCCCCUUUAAACAGUUCCUGCUUUUUUCGAUGUGUACGUAAAACCCCUUUCUUUUCCUCGCUCUCUUCUCCUCCUCCUCCUUCUCCGCCUCCUCCUUCUCCUCCCCCUCCUCCUCCUUCCUCUUGCUCCCUUUCGUUAAAUCCUUCGUUUCCUCCUUGUUUUUCGUACACCUCUCCAGCGUUCCCUUCCUGCUACAACCUCCCCAACUCGCGUUUCACGUUUCCAGCAUCGUCCCUCGUCGCCACCACUUGCCCGUUAUCUCCAUCCACGUCCCCUCCCCCUUUUUCCCCGUUAGCCACCACCACUGCAGCUGCUGCUACUGUUGCUGCUGCCGCCGCCGCUACUCGAGGCCCUGCGCCUCCCAUCAACUCCAACACCACCACUACCACCACCACCGCCACCACCCUCAUUCCCUCUUUUUCUUCGUCAUCUUCCUCGUCCUCUCCUUCUUUCUCCUCCCCGUCCCCUCGUCUACCCCCUUCACCCCACCACCCUUAUCGUCAUCACAUUUCGCCCGGACUUACAACAAUAACAACAACGACGACGAAAAAACCAUUCGGGGUAACCACCGCCCCCGGUAGCAACACCCCCAACAGUAAUCUCCACCAUCACCAUUAUUUUAACCAUCGUAUCAUUAACAACAACAACAACAACAAUAAUAAUAAUAUUGGUGGCCAUUUUUCACGGGCCACAUUACUAACCCCGCCAAUAAACCAAUCUUCUUCGUGUUCUUCCUCUUCUUCCUCGCCCCUCUACGCUUUACCGCUGGGUGACGGUUCCCUUACGUACGACCCACGGGGCCCUUCAGCGAACGCUUCUAACUCGACCGUGGCCCUGACGACUGCGACGACGACGACAACAACAACAACAACAACGACAACAACCACCACCACGACCGGUAACGCUGAUUUUCAGGGUCUAAACAUGUUGGACUACUGUUCAAAUGAUUCGAACUCUCCGGUCUAUCAAAACCCGAGUCCAAACAUGGCCUCGUUGUUAAAUAUGAAUAUGAAUGUAAACAUAGAAUCCAGCCGACAGACGGCGUUCGUACUGAGCAACCCGCCCCUGGCUGCCUUACACAACAUGACAGAAAUGAAAAUACCCAAUUCUUCAGUGCUUACCCAGUCAGGUUACCCACAGACGUCGCUCAAAAACCUUUUUACGGGCCAGUCGACUCCUCACGGAAUAAACGAUAUAUUAGGAAGACCAAAUACGAACUCAAAUUCGCCUUUUGGUGUUAAUCGUCUGAACAGUGCUGUUGCAGGAGCUGGAAUGUAUUUUACUCCACAAACAAGGUUUCCCAAACUGGCCGAACUUCCCGGCCGGCCACCAAUAUACUGGCCCGGGGUACUACCCGGAACGUGGAGACCUCAAGCCAAAACGUUUGCCGUUUCUCUAUUUUUUUAUCUAUCUAUCUAUCUAUCUAUCUAUCUAUCUAUCUAUCUAUCUAUCUAUCUAUCUAUCUUGUAA